UGUGGAGUUCUUCCGUGGGCAGUGAGAAGCAGCCUUAUAGAGAGGGAGCAAUUUAAUUAACUAUCCUUGUCUCUUCUGAUGCUUUCCCCCGGGCUUCCACUUUUAGUUCAUUUGGAGGAAUAUUUCCGGAAGCGCUCCCUUUGUGUGCUUAAUAAUUGGGUGGACACUAAAUCUAGCCAUACUCAAUAAAGUUUCCUAUGGCUUUGACGUCUGCCUUUUGUUUGCAUUAUCAGCUGGAGGAUGUCGGGAGAGACAGGGUUUGUGCAGAGGUGACUGUCAGAAGCUUUGAAUAGGAGUCCUGAGAACUGAGUUCAGAUUUCAUCACCAUCACCAAUUUCUCAAGUUACAUGAGGCAAGUCACUUCUGUCUGGGCCUCAGUUUUCUCAGGUGUAAAAAGAGGACCUAGGUGAUACCAGGUUCUUUCUACUUUUGAAGAUAGCCGGUUUCCAAAGAAUUAACAUCAGCCUGUGAACAAAUAUCAAACAAACAAGAUUAUCUGCGCAUCCAAAAAGAUGAAACCAACUGGGGUACUUUCACAAGGCAACCACGUGAGCACCACAGACUAAUGAGUAGAAUCAAUAAGAACGUGAUUUUGGCGCUUUUAACUUUGACAAGUUCUGCGUUUUUGCUGUUUCAGUUGUACUACUACAAGCACUAUUUAUCAGCAAAGAAUGGAGCCGGUUUAUCAAAAUCCAAAGGAAGCCAAAUUGGAUUUGAUAGCAUACAGUGGCGUGCAGUUAAAAAAUUUAUUAUGCUAACAUCCAGUCAAAAUGUACCUGUGUUCCUUAUUGAUCCUUUGAUUCUGGAAUUGAUUAAUAAAAACUUUGAACAAGUCAAAAAUACUUCUCAUGGCUCUGCUUCAGAAUGCAAGUUUCUCUGUGUUCCAAGAGACUUUACUGCAUUUGCGCUGCAGUAUCACCUGUGGAAGAAUGAGGAAGGCUGGUUUCGGAUAGCUGAAAAUAUGGGAUUUCAGUGCCUAAAGAUUGAGAGCAAGGAUCCCCGGCUAGAUGGGAUAGACUCGCUUUCUGGAACUGAAAUCCCCCUGCACUACAUCUGCAAAUUGGCCGCUCAUGCCAUCCACUUGGUGGUCUUUCAUGAGAGGAGUGGCAACUACCUCUGGCACGGCCACCUGCGACUCAAAGGACACAUCGACAGGAAAUUUGUUCCUUUUCGAAAGUUACAGUUUGGUCGUUACCCUGGAGCUUUCGACAGGCCAGAGCUACAACAGGUUACUGUUGAUGGACUAGUCCUUCUCAUUCCAAAAGAUCCAGUGCACUUUCUCGAAGAAGUACCACACUCUAGGUUUAUUGAGUGCAGGUAUAAAGAAGCUCGAGCAUUCUUUCAGCAGUACCUUGAUGAUAACACUGUGGAAGCUGUGGCCUUUCGGAAGAGUGCAAAGGAAUUGUUGCAACUAGCAGCCAGAACAUUGAAGAAAUUGGGAGUGCGGUUCUGGCUGAGCAGUGGAACUUGUCUAGGAUGGUAUCGGCAAUGCAACAUUAUUCCUUAUAGUAAAGAUGUUGACCUAGGAAUUUUUAUACAGGAUUACAAAUCUGAUAUUAUUUCAGCAUUUCAUGAUGCAGGACUUCCACUCAAACACAAAUUUGGGAAGGUAGAAGACAGCUUGGAACUAUCUUUCCAGGGAAAAGAUGAUGUAAAACUUGACAUUUUUUUCUUCUAUGAAGAGACUGACCAUAUGUGGAAUGGAGGCACUCAGGCCAAAACAGGAAAAAAAUUUAAGUACCUGUUCCCCAAGUUUACACUGUGCUGGACUGAGUUUGUAGACAUGAAGCUUCACGUGCCCUGUGAAACCAUCGAAUACAUUGAAGCCAACUAUGGUAAGACCUGGAAGAUUCCCGUGAAGACUUGGGACUGGAAGCGCUCUCCCCCGAACGUGCAGCCCAAUGGCAUCUGGCCUGUUUCUGAGUGGGACGAAGUUAUCCAGUUAUACUGAGACAGUAGGUUGAAAUGGUAGAAUUCCCCUUGUGGAAAAAAGGUGGGUAGCUAUUUAAAAAAAUGCAUGUGUAUUUGUCAUACGUAAGUAGGAGCCAAAGAAAAAUGACAAGUUUGAAGAUACAGAAAGAGUCCUAACUCCUGAGCCAUCUGCUUUAAUUCUCUCGUUUUACGCUUAUUAAGCAGUCUCCACGUGCCAGGUACACUGCUAGGUUACAGUGGAGAAGCAGAGAUGAGUGAGACAGAUGCUUGCCUCUUUUACCCGUCCUUUGGUAAGCACCCCAAUUUUCCUUCCAGGGAAACACCCCCACCCUUUGAAGAGCUCAUAUAGAAUAUGAUAUGUUCUGUAAAUGCUUUAAAAAUGUAAGAUAAUGUUUGGACUGGAAGAUGAGCUCACCAGGCAAAGCUAAGGAAGGAUAUACUACUUAAAAAUAGCCCAUUCCUGUCCUCAGCGUUUAAGCUGGUGUGUUAGUGCUAUUUUUAAGAUUGUGGAGUCUGAGUUAACGUUCAAGUGAUCAGACUUGAGGUGGCAUCAAGAAAAGACGCUAGCAGAUUCAUGUUACAAGCCACCUGAUGUGGACUUGAUUUAGAGACAAGGCAUCAUUCUAUAAGAGAAUAGAGCUCAUUUCUAGCCUUGUCAAAGAUAAGUGAAUUUCCAUAUACUUACUAUUUUCAUAUUUGUGUGAGAAGAAAGCUUAUGCUGUGUGAUGCUUACAUUUAGAGCUAUUGUGAGAAUAUUUCCACUGACCUCUGAUAGAACUUGCUGACAAAUCAUUCAAGUGAGACCAUUCUACCAGACAUGAUUUUGAGAGGGUUGUGAUUUCACACACUUAUGUUCCCUAUUUUAUUCUCAACCAUCUGUUAGUAAAAAUAUGAACUAUUCAUGGACAUUUUAUAUUUUCUGAAUUUAUAAUCCUUAUACUCCCAAUUUUAAUGUUAACUCUAAAAUAUUAAUAGAAAUACCUCCAGCUUUUCUAAAUGUACUCUUCAGUGUAUUCAUUCAUCAGUUGCAACUCCAUAUCGUUCAUUUCUGGCCUCUAAACCAGUUUAAAUGGCAUGUAAACCUCCUUGCCCCUCUCCUCUUCCAAGACUACAUCAGGUCUCCAAAAUGAAGAUAAAUGGCGAACCUGGCAACUGUUGCCACCCCAGAUCAUAGUAUUUGCAAAGUCUGUAUCCAUCCUAGUUGUUCUAUCUGCUGAAUAUCGAUGGGGCAAGAACACAGACUUCCCCACUUUAUCAAGUGACACCUACUCUGAAACCGUCCAGUUUCCUUUUUCCCCUUGAGAUCCAUCCCUGAGUGAGCUGGGAUGGCUCUGUCCCUUUCAUCUCUCCGUGAGUCACUUUAAUUAUAUAUUUGAAGUGAGAUGUGAAGGGACGUGAAGGCACAAUAAGCACUCCUGUCUUUGUCUGGGAAAGGAAGCUAAGUCUUAUAUUAUCUGCCAGAGUGGCAGAUUUUCCUCUAAAAUAGAGAAUAAUAAGAGUGUCGAAAAUGGCAACCAGAAGGUCUGAGGGAGUGGGCUGACAGAGUUUUCCUAAAAUAAACUUGGGGAAAGUAACCUACAAUCACCCCACUCCAGGUUUUAAACACAAUGAAACUUUUUUUGAUAAAUGAUAACUGAUGGCCUUCCUCUCUUACAAGGAGUUCUCAAUGCAUAAUUGUUGGGUCUUUUCAUACAUAACAUAAUCAAGGUUUUCAGGGACCUUCAUAAAUUAUCAGCAAACUUGUCCCAAAAUGAUAGGCUAUUUUAAUCAGCUUUCUUUUUGCUAGAAAAUCAGCCCGUAGAAAUCAUACCCAAAUUUUAAAUAGCUGAACCUAAUUUCAAUUUUCAUGGUUCAAAAAAUAUAACAUAAUAAUUGUGUUCCUGGGCAAAAACCUACCCAGCUUAGUGAGGGCCAUUUGCUUGUGCUCAGCUUCUAGAAGUGCAUACAUUCCACAUUUCUGCCCAUUUCAAAUUGUGACUCUCACUGUUUGCUAGGGGGUCUUAUCUACCCUAUGUAGGUUAUUUUUCUUUUAUCUGACUCUGGAGUCCGAGGUCUUGAAGUGUCCAAAAUCUAAAAUAUCUUGGCCCCAUUGCCGAAGGUUCCGUAUCCUUCCCUUCACAGACCGCUGGCUGCUGAAAUACUUUUUUUUGACUACCUUCUGGUUUCACAGGCUUCCCCUCUUGGGUCCUACCCUAACUUGAGGAAAUGAAAGCCCUUCCCCAAACUCUGAAGGCUAGGCUUGCCUCUGAUACAGAUUGGGCUGUCCUUCAUCCUGUGCCUCCUAACAGUUGCACUCUGCUGAGUGUCCAGAGACCUUGAGUCAGGGGGAUCCCCCAUCAACACCUCAAAAGAUCACUUUUCUUUCCUCACCUGAGUAUUCCAACAAUAAUUCUCCUAAUCUCACCACUUUCAGGUCCCGUUUUCCUGGCUGACCAGGAGAAAACCUCUUAUACUAACUUGUUGGAAGUUAGGCACCCAGGGAUGUCCCCAGAGGAUCCUGAGAGGCAAGAUUGACAGCCUCUCACGUGACAACCAGGUAGCCACUCAGUCCUCCUCUAAGCAGGGAGUACGUGCCCUUCUUUCUGCUGCGGCUACUUGCAUCUGGCCCCUGGAAUAAAGCUGCAGUUCCCAAAAUUGAGCCUCCCUAAGAAGCUGGGCUUUGGGAUGGCAGGUUUCUUUGAUUUCGGUGCCACAAACCCUGAAAUAUGACCACUAGAUGGCAGAACGUCUGUCACCAUUCCCCCAAAACAAGUGCUCUUGAAUCUUAAAAGCUUAGACCCUCACUGCAACAUUCAUUCUAACGCUCUUAUUUCAUAGCUAAGUAAAUAAGCCCAAAAAGAAGUGAUUUGAGUAAGAAACAGCUGAGACCAAAACUCAAGAGCGUCAUGCCUUCUCCCUUAGGAAGGCAGCAUGUGGUAUAAAAGACCAUGGACUUUUGACUUAGGCCUGGGCUUGAAUCUCAGCUUCAUCACAUGGGAUUUAUGGCGGGGACCCUCUUAGCUUCCAUUUCCACGAGUGAAUUGGGGAAAUGGUGCGUACUGCUAAGGACUUUCUAGUUAGGAUUAAAUGAAAUAUAAAGUGCUUAGCAUCAAGCCUAGGAUUAAGUAAGUACUCAAGAAAUGGUCCCUUUCCUACUUCCAAGUCCUUUUUCUAAUUGUUCUUCAAAUAGGAUUAAAGAAACUGGUUCAGGACACAAUCCUUACUCAGAAAGUUGCAUGACUAAAUUUGUUUAGGAAAAACAUUGCUUCAUUGUAUCAAGGCAUUAAAGAAAAAAUUAUAUGGUUUAUGAAUUCAGAGACAUUACCAAAUUGCCUCCUUUUCUAAACAGAGCUUAUAUUUUCAUUUUACUGGUCAAGCCAUUUUCUCCUAGGGUCUCCUUAUACCAUCCCACGUGCUGCCCAGUUCCUUGGUCCCAAGCAGUUCACUCUCUACCUCCCUAGAUUUGGUACCUGCUCUGCCCUGGGCUUCUUUUUCAACAUUCUAGCUUUUCCUGGAAGUAAAACCUCACUUCCUUGUUACUAAAUCUCUGCCCAGCCAAAAUCAAACAUAAGUCAUGAUUUGGAGAGGAAAGAAUUUGGAAUACUUGGUUUCAUUUAAUUAUCUAUGCUGAUGAAUGCCUAUCUCAGUAGUAAUGAACGGUAAUUAAAAAUACGCAUUUGCACCUUCUUCCCCCAAACUUGUGUUUCUGUUUCAGCUAGGCAAGAAUUAACAGGGUAUGUGAUGCUAUUUUAAGCUGCUCUGCAUCAGACUGAAAUCCUAAUUAUAGUUUAUAAAUAAAACAGAACAAUUAAAUAGUGAUACCUUUCAUACAGGACCAGUGCUAAAGAACGCAAGUAUAAAUUUUUCUAAUAAGAAAUCUCUGCUUCUAUAUUCUCAGAACUUCUAGCUUAGAAUGCACCCCCCAUUGCCAUCCCCUAACCUAACCCAAUGCAGAGAUUAUGUAGGAACCCGUUAGCCAGCCAAGCUGCUGUAUACUUAUGAGCAGCUCUCACUGUGGGAUUGAAAGGGAGUAUAAGGAGAAUCAGAAGUACUGUAUUCUGUUCUAUAAAACAAGAUACUGUCUCAUGCACUAUUAACAAAAAAUUACAAGAUUUUGUAGCCUUCUGAUGACCCAUUCAGAGCAUGGGCAAUUGUUUGUAUAUUUGUUCAGUGAAAAUCAUAUCUAGCUAAUUGUGUGUCCCUUCCACUUCAUAACCAGGACAAUAUGUAUGUAAAUUUUCUAAACAAAGUGAUAUGUUAAACAUGAGUAAAUUCCAGCGUGUGCUUACCAGUUUACUAUUUGGUUUUAUGUUCAGGUACAAAUAAUUUGUGGUACUACUGAAAAUGCCUUUAAUAUUAUUAUUGUGAUCAGAAUUUGUAAUAUAUAAUCCAUUUUGGGAUGAUGAAUAAAGUUUUUCUAAUCACUUGA